AUGGUAUUUGCUAGCAUCACCGCAGGUAGUCUAGCUGUUAUGCCUGUGCUGUGCUUUGCUUGUUUCGGCGCCGAUGACACGGGGGCCGGCCAAUCGGGGUGCAGCAAAGCCAGCCUUACAAUGCACAUGUAUAUCUGUUAUAACGCCGAAUUGGUAACAGCUACGAUACCAGUAAUACCAUCAGCAAGAAACCAAGAAAAAAGAUCGUCCAGCAUCUCGAAAAUGAACCGCGGCCCCCGUCACAUUCCGACCCGGGCUGCAAGGUCCCGAGAAUUAAACACACAAGAGAAGGCUUGUGAUUGUGCACGGCUUAAGGGGACGCAGUCGGAAGAGCACCGCUGA